GUGGGGCUGGCGGUAGCGGCGGCGGAGCGCGCGGCCGCGGUUGCUGAGUGACGUCUCUCGGGAUGGCGGCUCUGGCGCCGGGAGACCCGAAGCUUGUCUCCAUGAUCGUUAACCACCUGAAGAGCCAGGGCCUCUUCGACCAGUUCCGCCGCGACUGCCUGGCCGACGUCGAUACCAAGCCUGCAUAUCAGAACUUACGGCAGCGAGUGGAUAACUUUGUGUCCAACCAUCUUGCAAGCCACACGUGGAGCCCUCAUCUGAACAAGAAUCAGCUAAGGAACAGUCUUAGACAGAUGGUUCUACAGUAG